AUGGCGGACGUGUCGAACAAUUCGCUAAAGAGGCCUCUCUCGGAAGACGAUGACCCAUCGGGCCAGAAAAGAGCGCGAUCAAACAAUGGGUCCCCACGUCCCUCAACACCAGGUACACCUGGUGGCUCGAAGCCAGAUGUCAACCAGAUGCUCGCGCAGGCUCGCGCCAAGGCAGAAGCCCUCAGAGCGCGAAUGGGCACAAACAAGCCUGCAACGCCUGCAGCCUCGACUGCGUCCACGGCUCCUCCUGCGACGUCAGCUGCAGAUCGCCUCGCCGCCUUGAAAGCAAGAGUAGCAGCUGCGACGAGCAAGUCAUCAACCGCAUCUGCGCCGUCCCAACAGCGAGCGGCCCCGGUGUCUCAGAAAGGUCAAUAUGAAGAAAUGCCGCAAGGUCGUUUUGGGCUGGAUGUGGGCCUGCACCCUCUACUGCGCGACGAUGAGCCCAAGGCCACGACAGGACGCGCACAGCCUAAAUUUGCAACUGCCAUGGGCAACAAAAGAACUCAGGGAUCCAUUCCCAAGAAAGAGCAGCUUGACCUGUCAGGGCCAAACCUAGAGGAGUUGAAAGCCAACCCUUAUUUUGAUACCAGCCUGGGCCCUCGAAACACCGGCACGCGAAACCGCCAGUCUCGACAGCUGAUAUUCAACCAGAAGGGCAAAUAUAUUCAGCAGGCUGUGGCGCUCCGCCGACAAGCGCAAUUGGAGGAGAUGAAGAACCGCAUUGCUGCCCGUGCUCGCCUUGCUGGUAUCGACGAAGAUCUCGACACAGAACGCGCCUUUCUCGUCCCCGCACCUCCCGAGAUUGAAUGGUGGGACGAAGGUCUAGUCAAUGGCGACUCUUAUGCCGCCAUCUCCGAUCCAUCAGGUCUAAAGAUCGACACUCCCGACUCCAUCAUUACUGCCUACAUCCAGCAUCCCGUUCUGCUCGAACCCCCACAAGAGAAGAACAUGCCCGCUCCGAAAGCCAUGUAUCUUACCAAGACCGAACAAGCGAAGCUACGCCGGCAGAGACGAAUGGCCGAUCUGAAGGAGCAACAAGCCAAGAUCCGCCUCGGGUUGGAGCCCCCACCACCUCCGAAAGUGAAGAAGAACAACAUGAUGCGAGUUCUUGGUGAUGAGGCUGUCAAGGAUCCCACGGCGGUAGAGGCUCGCGUCAACCGUGAGAUUGCCGACCGCGCACAGAAGCACGAAGAAGCAAAUUCCGCCCGUGCCCUGACGAAAGAGGAGAAAGCAGAGAAGCUGGCGCGUCAGCAAGAAGCCGACGAGUCCCUAGGCAUUCAUUUGCGAGUGUACAAGGUGGGCAGCCUCGCGAACGGCAAACAUCGCUUCCAGGUCAGCAAGAAUGCGGAGCAGAACAAGCUCACCGGGGUGUGCAUCAUGCACCCGCGACUCAAUCUCAUUGUUGUCGAGGGAGGCAUUCAUUCAAUCCGAAACUAUGAUAAGCUCAUGCAAAACCGCAUCCACUGGACAGAGAACGAGGAGCCCAAAGCAGUACAGGAGGGAAACAGGGAGGCCCAGGCGAAGUGGCUGGAUCCCCGAGACGAGGAAACGGGCGAGUUGAGAGACCUCACAGAGAAUCGAUGCGAGCUUAUCUUCUCGGGUGAGGAGAAGCAGAGGGCGUUUAGGAAGUGGCUCGGCGCCAGGAUUUGUGAGACUGAUGGACAAGCCAGAGAUGUGUUGACGAGGGCUAAGAUGCAGGACUUCUGGGCUCAGGCGAAGACUUUCAAGUCGGACGUCUAUUGA